ACCCAGAAAAUGCACAUCUAGCUCAUUUCUCUUCUCUUGAAAAAGAAUGUCUGCUGAGGUUGAAUACAGGUGCUUCGUGGGUGGGCUCGCAUGGGCUACCAAUGAUAGAACCCUAGGAGAAGCUUUUUCUCAGUACGGCAAUGUGGUCGACUCCAAGAUCAUCAACGAUCGGGAAACUGGUAGAUCAAGAGGAUUUGGUUUUGUUACCUUCACUGAUGAGAAAUCCAUGAGGAACGCAAUUGAAGCAAUGAAUGGCCAGAACCUUGAUGGUCGUAACAUCACUGUUAAUGAAGCUCAGUCACGCGGAAGCGGCGGCGGCGGUGGUUACGGAGGUGGUCGGCGGAGUGGUGGCGGUGGAUACAACAGUGGUGGUGGUGGAUACGGUGGUGGUGGAGGCUACGGCCGACGUGAGGGUGUCAACGGAGGUGGCCGUGACCGCGGAUAUGGCGGCGGCGGCGGUGAUCGUUAUGGUGAUGGUGGAUCCCGCUACUCAAGAGGCGGUGGUGCAUCAGAGGGAAGCUGGAGGAAUUAGGGGUAGUAUUUGGUUUGGAAACUAUAUAUGUUUCUGGGUUGGGUUUGGGUGAAAGUGUAAUUUUUUGUUACUGUUCUGGUUUCUUAUGUUAUUUGUGUGGGAUCUCUACUUGCAAGGUUCAAUGAAAGUUAUAAAUGAUCAACCCCUUUCUAUUUAGUGCA